AUGAGCCAGUACGUGAGCAGCUCCUCGCCCUUCCUCAAGCCGUUCUUCUUGAAGACGCCCGUCCGGGUGGUCAACCCUUUGCGACAGAGGCGACACACGUUGCCUGCCAGCGAGUUCCGCAAUCUGACGCCUCAGGACGCCAUCAGUGUGUUUGAGAUCGAGAGAGAAGCUUUCAUCUCGGUGUCCGGCGAGUGUCCUCUGACCCUGGAAGAAGUGCUGCACUUUAUCGGUCAGUGCCCCGAGCUGUCGCUGGGCUGGUUCGAGGAGGGUCAGCUGGUCGCUUUCAUCAUCGGCACCGGUUGGGACAAAGAGAGGCUUUCGCAGGAAGCCAUGAGCCUGCACGUCCCGGACACGUCUACGGUUCACAUCCACGUGCUGUCUGUGCACCGCCACUGCCGUCAGCAGGGCAAGGGAUCAAUCCUGUUGUGGCGCUACCUGCAGUACCUGCGCUGUAUGCCUCGGCCCCGCCGGGCCCUGCUCAUCUGCGAGGAAUUCCUUGUGCCGUUCUACCUCAAAGCCGGCUUUAAAGCGAAAGGCCCGUCAGCAAUCAGCGUGUCCAACAUGCACUUCCAGGAGAUGGAGUACCUGCUGGGCGGGCAGGCGUAUGCCAGGCGGAACAGCGGCUGCUAG